ACACGCAUGCGCAGAUCUCCGCUUUUGAUCAGCUGACCGUGAGUGUUUAGACACACUGUAGUGACAUUAUGAUUAUCAAAUCAUAAGACCAAUCUUUUACAAAUUAUUUAUUUAAAAUUGACAAAUACUCAUCUUGUCAUCGCGUUCACAUUGAAAGCAGACGUUGAUUUUUCUGCUCAUCGGCAGUCAUGACGGAGUUCUGGUUAAUUUCUGCGCCUGGAGAGAAAACAUGCCAGCAAACAUGGGACAAAAUGAUGACGGCUACGACUCGAACCAACAACCUUUCCACCAAUAACAAAUUCAACAUUCCUGAUCUCAAGGUCGGGACGUUGGAUGUGUUAGUUGGGCUGUCUGAUGAACUGGCCAAACUGGACUCUUUUGUGGAGAGUGUGGUGAAGAAAGUGGCUCAGUACAUGGCUGAUGUUCUGGAGGACAGUCGAGAUAAAGUCCAGGAGAACCUGCUGGCUAAUGGAGUCGAUCUGGUCACUUACGUCACAAGAUUUCAGUGGGAUAUGGCCAAGUAUCCGAUCAAACAGUCUUUGAAAAACAUUUCUGAAAUUGUAUCAAAGCAAGUAUCACAGAUCGACAACGACCUGAAACUUCGGGCGUCUGCUUACAACAAUCUGAAGGGAAACUUACAGAACCUGGAGAGGAAGAAUGCAGGAAGUCUGCUGACCAGAAGUCUGGCUGAUAUUGUCAAGAGAGAUGACUUUGUUCUUGACUCCGAGUAUCUCAUUACCAUGCUGGUGGUGGUACCAAAGGUGAAUUAUGGCGACUGGCAACGCACAUACGAGACGCUUGCAGAAAUGGUUGUGCCACGAUCCACAAAUCUGCUAUUCGAGGAUCACGACAGCGGUCUGUUCACAGUUACGCUCUUCAGAAAAGCCAUCGAUGACUUCCGACACAAGGCCAGAGAAAACAAAUUCGUAGUGAGAGACUUUCAGUACAAUGAGGAGGAGAUGAAGGCUGAUAAAGAAGAAAUGACCAGACUCUCUACUGACAAGAAGAAGCAAUUUGGACCUCUGGUACGAUGGCUGAAAGUAAACUUCAGUGAAGCAUUUAUCGCCUGGAUCCACAUUAAAGCUCUGAGGGUCUUUGUGGAAUCUGUGUUAAGAUAUGGAUUACCUGUGAACUUCCAAGCGAUGUUGCUACAGCCUAACAAGAAGAACAUGAAGAAACUGAGGGAGGUUCUGUAUGAUCUUUACAAACAUCUGGACAGCAGCGCGGCGGCCAUCAUCGACCAAUCGGCCAUGGACAUUCCCGGUUUGAACCUGAGUCAGCAGGAGUAUUAUCCUUACGUGUACUACAAAAUCGACUGCAACCUGCUGGACUUCAAAUAGGAGAACCGUUGUCAUUCGCGCAGCCCUUUUUUUGUUUCGUCUUUGUGAAUAAAUUUAAGUUAAAUUGAACUGUAUAUUGCUGAACUCUUUCUCUGGUUUUAGUCGUGCAUGUUCACUGAUAUUUCUCUCUUACUGUUUAAUCAAUGGGAAUAUCUGACACCCCGGUACUUUGUUUACAUUUAUUUGUUUUAAGAUGUCAUUGUGUUUAUCAUGUGUAAGUGUAUGAAAUUCUGUGUUUUUAAAUCAUUCCACCCAUGUAUUGUGAAGUAGCGAUGUUAGCGAUAAAUAUUAUUGUGUGUGGACAACGGUGUUUUUAACCCUUUAUUCUUUCAAAUGCACCAGUGGUCCAUUUAAACAUACAAAGCGAAAGGAAAAAGUGUUACAAAGACGCAAUACAUUAAAUAUGAUGUUAUGUACAUUUGGUGUUAAAAGAGCUAUAUGUGCAGAAUUAUUGUCAUGAAACCAAAAUAUAAAAUUAAUUUAAGAACA